GCCGUUUUGCGUGGUUUUUGUCAAACGACUAAAAACGAGAGAUGGUUUUCAAAGUGUUUUUGUUGGAGAACCGUUUAAACAUGCCAAAGAGUGAAAGCAGAUCAUAAAAUGCUGAAAACCACUUGGUUGGUUCGGAUGCCAAAAACCAAACCCGACAACCGAAAGCCGAACGCUGGUUUCUUAAAGCCGAACACUGGAUGGCUUGGUUUUUGGUUUGGGCGAACACCAAGUGUUUUUAAUGGCUUAAACAAGUUUGAAAAACAUUUUUAUGAUGACAAGAAGGCAGAAAGGGGAGCAAAUGAGAGAGGAUUUGCAAGGACUUCAUUCAAUUCAGCAAUCAGAGAGGAGAACCAAAGGAUUUCAAGGGUAUACUCGUUACCAUUUCUUAAGACCUUUAUGCUCUUAAGAAAUGGUAAGUUGAUUCAAAAAGCUGAAACAUGUAAGAAAGUUGGAAGUAGAGCCUAGAUUUUAAUUUGGAGAAAGUUGGACUAAAAAGUGUACCCCUACUGGGAACAAAUUAGUCCCAAUCAAGGAUAAUGUACAAAAUCCCAGAACUGCAUCGUUUGCUCCACUCAGCCACUGAAACAGGGAAACGGAAACAUCAUCCAUUGGUUUCUUCCUCUAUUCCUCCACUAUAUAAACCCCUCAAACCUUCACCAUUCUUCUUCCAAAAGAGAGUUCUAAGUGUGGGGAGUGUUGUAGUGCUGUCAAUUUGGUGCGAAGUCACCGGAGCAAGCCGUUUAGCUUCGAGUUCGGAGAACUCUCUUAUGUCUGCAGGGCCCACGUCCGUGUAAUAGCCCUCUACUAAAUCACUAGAUGCAAGUUACACCGGUACAUAACAACAUGACUAUGAGACACACUUCUCCGAAUUAUUAUGACAAAACUUCUAAUAUAGGAUUUCUUGUAAU